AUGGCUCGAGGCAAAGAAUCGUACUACGCCGUCCAGAACGGCCGAGAAGCCGGCGUCUACAACUCCUGGGACGACGCCAGACAGCAGGUGGAUGGCUACAGCGGUGGAGUCCACCAACGAUUCGACACGCGAGCCGAAGCCGAAGCCUUUGCCGGCGGAUCUGGAGGCUACGGCGGCGGCUCCAGCUACGGCGGCGGCUCCAGCUACGGCGGCGGCUCCAGCUACGGCGGCGGCUCCAGCUACAGCACCAGCAGUGCCAGAGUUCCCGUGUACACCGACGGAGCCUGUCACAACAACCAGGGCUCCAAUGCUCGCGCUGGUGUUGGAGUGUACUUUGGACCUGGUCAUCCCGACAACGUGAGUCGACCUGUGCAAGGAUCGCGACAGACCAACCAGCGGGCUGAGUUGGAGGCUAUCCACGACGCUGUCGAAACCAUCCACCGGCGAAACGACGGCAUCAAUUACGAGGUCAAGACGGACUCAGCUUACGCGCAGAAUGCCUUUAACAAGUGGGGCAGCAACUGGCAGCAAAACAAUUGGACCACCUCCAAGAACGAGCCUGUCCAGCACCGAGAUUUGAUUGAGCCCACCCUCAAUCGACUCAACGAUCUGGGAGACCGUGUCGAGAUCUCCAAGGUCAAGGGUCAUUCCGGCAACCCAGGCAAUGACGCUGCCGAUAAGUUGGCCGGCAAAGGAGCUAGAGGCUGGUAA